UAUCCAAUCAAAAACUGGCCUCGUCUGUUCUACCCAAUCAGCGCGAAGUCUGCGAGGAUUUAAACCUCAACACUGAACACAGCAACUAACGCCUCAUUCUCUACCAGUAUCUUCUGUGAGCAGACGAACCUUUACACAAAAUGGCUCUCCGUGUCACCCGUAACCGAUUGGCUUCCACCAGGUCUGACCUCGGUGGAAAGGCCUGCACCGUGGCCGGGCCUGCGAAGCCUAGGGCAGCGCUGGGAGAAAUUCGUAACAUCACAGCCAACGGAAAGGAAGCCCAGAAAAAGCCAACCAUGAAGACAAAGCCCCCAAGGAAGAUUGAGGCAGAAAAACCAGCUAUGAUUGAAGCAAAGGAGCAGGAGAACGUUGAUCCUAUUGAGCCAGAGCCUGAGGUCAAGCCUGAGCCACAAUCGCCAACUCCCAUGGAGACUUCUGGCUGUGAAGCAGGUGAUCCAGCUGAGCUGUGCCAGGCCUUUUCUGAUGUCAUCCUCAACACUGUGAUCAGGGAUGUAGACGCAGACGACUAUGACAAUCCAAUGCUGUGCAGUGAAUACGUGAAGGACAUCUACAAGUACCUGCGGCAGCUUGAGGCUGAGCAGAGUGUCAGACCUGCUUACCUGCAGGGCAGGGAGAUCACGGGCAAUAUGAGAGCUAUUCUGAUCGACUGGCUGGUACAAGUGAGCCUCAAGUUUCGCCUGCUGCAGGAGACCAUGUACAUGACUGUGGCCAUCAUUGACCGCUUUCUUCAGGACCACCCAGUCCCCAAGAAGCAGCUGCAGCUGGUUGGUGUCACUGCUAUGUUCCUGGCGUCUAAGUUUGAGGAGAUGUAUCCUCCAGAGAUUUCAGACUUUGCCUACGUGACUGACCGUGCCUACAGCACUGCACAGAUCCGAGACAUGGAGAUGAACAUCCUGCGGGUCCUUAAGUUCCAACUGGGUCGGCCUCACCCUCUGCAGUUCCUCAGGAGGGCUUCCAAGAUUUAUGAGGUCACUGCUGAGCAGCACACACUGGCCAAGUACUUGCUGGAGCUGACCAUGGUGGACUACGAGAUGGUCCACUACCCACCAUCGCUCUUGGCUUGUGGGGCUUUUGCUCUGACCCUCAAAGUGUUGGAUUCUGGAGAAUGGGAUGCAACACUGCAGCACUACAUGGAGUACACGGCAGACACUCUGGUUCCUGUGAUGAAACAUAUUGCCAAGAAUGUUGUGAAAGUGAACGAAGGACUAACGAAGCAUAUGGCCAUCAAAACCAAAUACUCCACCUCCAAGCAGAUGAAAAUUGCCACCAUUACACAGCUGAAGUCACCUGUUGUGAAGGAACUGGCCAAACAGCUGCAGUGAGGUCACACAGAGGUUCCACCGACUUCAGUUUGUACAGUUUGUAACUUAAAUGUGUUUUAAUGACUGUGGAGCAAUCUUCUGACAUGACCAUUUGUCAACUUUUUUUUUUUUUUUUUUUUUACUCAUCCCAGCAGCUCUGACAUCUGUCUAAACCAUGUUCCACUUAAAUGGACAGUGUGGCCACAGACCCUGCUCUUUUUGAGGGGAAAUGGUCAUGUUCCAGAGGCCUAUUCUAUAAAGUUUUAAACCUAUUCUUAACUCUAAGUUGUUUGUGUAAAAUACAUCAAUACUUUUUAAAUGAUUUUAUAUUCUCUUAAGAUGUUCUUUAAACUUCUAUUAAAUGGUUUUGACCAGA